AUACAUGCGCAAGUCUCCUGUUCACACUCGAUGAUCUGUCUGUGCCGAUGCGAUGUGUGUUUGGUAGGGCCUUUACAUUUGAUUUGAAACACAUUUCUGGAUUAUCAUUUAUAGCGUUAAUGCGUAGACCCUAAGUCAUUUUAACGUUGCAGAGAAAUUUACUCAUGUUUAUUGUUAUUAUCCUUCAGAAUAUUAAAAUUUUUUCAACUGUAAAGGGAAAUGAGAAAACAAAUCAAAGGUCAUCUUUACCAGAAGAGAAGUUGGCAGCGCUGCAAUAGGAAAUGCUGUUCGCAGUUGUUGACCUUCUGAAGGUUGUCGUAGGAUUUUGGUUGAAACCGGCGUUCCGCUUGUGUACAACUUUUCGUCAGAGUAUUUAUUAUCUGGAACGUAAUAACAUGUCUUUGAAUAAAUUGAGCAUUGACAAGAUAGACCUGACUGGUAAAAGAGUUUUAAUGAGGGUGGAUUUCAAUGUCCCUUUAAAAGAAGGGAAGAUUACCAACAAUCAGCGUAUAGUGGCUGCAUUGGACACAAUAAAGUAUGCCCUUGAUAACAAGGCAAAGUCAGUUGUUCUCAUGUCACAUCUUGGACGGCCAGAUGGACACAAAGAUUUGAAGUACACAUUACAGCCGGUAGCAGAAGAGUUGAAGAAACUUCUAGAUAGGGAUGUACAGUUCCUUAAUGACUGUGUGGGGCCCGAGGUUGAAGCGGCCUGUGCGUCGCCUCCAGAUGGAUCUGUUAUUCUUUUAGAAAAUUUACGAUUUUAUGUUGAGGAGGAGGGAAAAGGCGUAGACGAAGCAGGAAACAAGAUCAAAGCCUCCCCAGAAGAUGUUGCAAAGUUCAGAGAAUCUUUGAGGAAACUGGGUGAUGUUUAUGUAAAUGAUGCAUUUGGAACAGCACACAGAGCGCACAGCUCUAUGAUGGGAGAGGGAUUCGACCAGAGAGCAUCGGGCUUUCUGUUGAAGAAAGAGCUGGCGUACUUUGCUAAAGCCCUCGAUAACCCAGAACGCCCCUUCUUAGCAAUUCUGGGAGGUGCAAAGGUAGCAGACAAAAUCCAACUAAUAGAAAAUUUGCUUGAUAAAGUAAAUGAGAUGAUAAUUGGAGGAGGUAUGGCUUACACAUUCCUGAAAGUCUUGAAGGGAAUGCAGAUUGGGAACUCAUUGUAUGAUGAAGAUGGUGCAAACAUUGUAAAAGAUCUUGUAGCCAAGGCUGAGAAGAACAAAGUAUUAAUACACCUGCCAGUAGACUUUGUAACUGCAGAUAAGUUUGCUGAAAAUGCGCAAGUUGGAGCUGCUACACUGGAAGAAGGCAUUCCUGAUGGUUGGAUGGGACUAGAUGUUGGUCCAAAAAGUAUUGUUCUCUUCAAACAGCCUAUAGGAAGGGCUAAAGUUAUAGUGUGGAAUGGCCCAGCAGGUGUGUUUGAAUUUGACAACUUUUCUAAGGGAACAAAAGCAAUGAUGGAUGCUGUUGUGGAAGCUACAGGAAGAGGCUGCAUCACAAUCAUUGGCGGUGGUGACACUGCUACGUGUUGUGCCAAAUGGGACACUGAAGACAAAGUCAGCCAUGUAAGCACAGGAGGUGGUGCUAGCCUUGAGUUGCUGGAAGGUAAAGUUCUCCCUGGUGUAGCUGCUCUUUCAGAUGCGUAACUUUGUGAACUGCCAGGUAUUAUAUGAAUGGAUGUUAGUGUCUGUGACUGACUGGAUAUGUCUGUCAUAAAGUGAGUUACAUGAGCAGUCUUAACUGUUGUCAUAAAUUGUUCUUCAUAGGAGCAUAUACAAUGACCUUUAAAUGUUCAAAAAGAAUCCUAAAAGAGAAUCUUAGUGUAUGUGUUGUGUUUGUGUCAAAUUUUAAGUUAUUAAAUAAAACUGAUGUUAUAGAAAUAAAUGAAAUAACCAUCUUUAGAGGUACUUGGCAAUUGCACCUUCCCCUGUAUAAGUUAUUACAAAUAACUUAAAACUAGCAGAAACUGCAUUUGUACUGAGUGUUAUAAACAUUAGUUGAAUAUGUUGAAACCUAUUAUAUAAGGGUAAUUAAUAUGGAUUGCUUGCAUAUUU